GGCAAAGUCAAGGCCCAACUACUGCAACCCGGACCAGAGGUCGCUCUGUUGUCCUCUUUUUUCUCAUGCCACUCACUGCUGGUACGACUGCGGUCCACCGCCUGGAUCACUUCACCAUUGCGCCAUUCCAUUCCACCAUUCCACCCAGUUCACCCCCCUGCGCGCAGCGUGUCGAACCUGAUCAUGGAUGAGCGAAAGCUGACAUCACGGACAACGCGGACACCACCACCUCCUGCUCUUGGGGAGAUUUGUUCCGCCAAACAAAUGACCCGGGCUGGGCCAGUUCCCUCGCCGAUUGGGCCAGUCUGCGCUCCGUACACACGCAAUCCCAGCGCCGUCUGUUGCUAUCCUGGUGAUUCAUGGGGCAGCUGACUACUCUCUACGGUCUAAGGUACAGGUGCAAAACAUCGUACGAGGUGCCGCCCACGAAUCCCUGCUCCUCCUGCCCACCGCCAACGCCUCAAGCAAAUCGCUUUCCAAGUACCCGGACCACCAAAGAUCCAAUAAUGGCGCCCGGAAAACGCCACCCUUGCUGUACCCCGCAAACUUGGACGAAACUUGAUCGAUGCCUUCGCUACCAAUACCUCAAACCCCCUCCUUGGCCUGGUCACAGAGUUUCAAUCCUCAAAAUUUUGAGAUCAGGCGCGGAUAACACGGCCCUUGGAAGGGCUUCAAGCAAGAGACGGGACCUGAACAAUUGCACAUGUCGCUAUGUUUGGAUGAUGAGAACAUGACUGUUGCAAGCUGGCCAAAAAGAGAAGCCAAAUACCUGCCCUAAGGUGACAUUCCCGCGACUGACUCAGACCAUGUUGCCAUUUUGGCUGGUGGACGCGCGCCUUGCUACAGAAAAAUUUUCCCAUGUGUCGACGGAGGUGGUCUUCCGCUGGAUCUCUCUCUGCUGGUACUUCGCCGUUAUUACUCCAUCAUUACUCGAUGGAAUCCACCAGAAAAUCCAAUGCCAAUGCUUUACUUGGGC